CGUUGUUUCCUCUUCCUUCUUUUUGGCGUGGCGUCGGUAGCGAGCGGACGUGCUUUGCUUGUAUAGUUUGAGCAGUGCCGCCGGUCUGAUUUCGCGUUGAAAAGUCAUCAAUUCUAUAACUUUGUGUUAAGAAGAUUAUAACAGUGAGAAAAACACCAUGAGGCCGCAACAAAACGGUGGAGACGAUGGCUUUGAUGAGCCAGAGGUGCACCGGAAAAUUUUCAUCGGUGGUCUCAACUAUAGGACUACCGAUGAAUCACUGAAGUCACAUUUUGAAAAAUGGGGUGAAAUUGUGGAUGUCGUCGUUAUGAAAGAUCCCAAAACUAAAAGAUCGCGUGGUUUUGGUUUCAUCACGUACUCUAAAGCGCACAUGGUUGAUGAUGCGCAGAACAACAGACCGCAUCGAAUUGAUGGCCGAGUUGUUGAAACAAAACGUGCGGUAGCGCGACAAGACAUUAAGAACCCUGAAGCAGGCGCAACUGUGAAGAAAUUGUUCAUUGGUGGCAUCAAGGAUGACCAUGAUGAUGAACAACUUCGAGAAUACUUCUCUAGCUAUGGAAAUGUCCAGAACGUCAGCAUUGUGACUGAUAAGAGCACAGGAAAGAAGCGUGGUUUCGGAUUCGUCGAGUUUGAUGACUAUGACCCUGUUGACAAAGUUUGCUUGAAUGGCCCUCACAAAAUCAAUGGCAAACAAUUAGACGUCAAGAAAGCUCUUCCUAAAGAUGGUGCAGAACAAAGAGGAGGAGGAAGACAAGGACCCGGAGGCAGAAAUGACAACUGGGGUAAUGGUGGUGGCUAUGGGGGUGGAAACCAGGGAGGAUGGAACAACUCCAACCCUUGGGAUAACAACCAAGGAGGAGGUUGGGGGGGUAAUCAGGGUGGCGGUGGCGGUGGUGGCUAUGGGGGCGGCGGUAAUGGCCGUGGGGGUUGGGGCAACCAAGAUUUUGGCAAUUACAACCAACAGCCGUACAGCGGUGGCCCCACCAGAAACCAACAGUAUGGUGGUAACAACCGCGCCGCACCCUACAACAUGAACCAGGGUGGUGGCGGCGGUGGCGGUGGCGGCGGCGGCUACGGCAGCGGCGGUAGCUACGGCGGAGGACAGGGCAGAGGGGGGCGCUUCUAAACUAUGUUUCGUGCUAAGUACACUAGUAAAGCAGUGUUAACCGCUAGUGUAGGCAGUACGCUCCGGAGCACUAGAUACACACCUCAUGGUCCGCCCGCGAGACCAACCUAGGAGAAGGCGUCAGGAAAACCAAUAGUUGUAGCUGGAGCUCUUGACUCUUGUCUUUUAGAAGAAUAUGAUUAGAAUACUUUUAUAUGUGUACUGAAUUGUAAGAUGGUCUUCUAUUUAUUGUAGUACCUAGGUACUUAUCGUGACAUACUUUUAAGGAUAUAGCAAUGUAAAAAUGAGAAUUAUUUACGUUUUUUUACGAAUUAAGUACAAUUUAGGAUAAUUCUGUAAGAAUCCCUCAUAUAGACGCUAGGUGAACGAGAUCAGAGUUUAGUUGACAUAGAUUUUUGAAGUGAAUCAUGAUUAAUUUAAUUUCCUGACCUUACUCAGUAUUAAGUUCUCAAAUAGCUGUUAUAUGAUUAUUAGGCUUAGAAUUAUGGACUUCUAGGAUAAUAUAAUGUAAAAAUAAACUUUAAUACAAAAAUA